AUGGAGGCAAACUCAUCACCUCCUGCAAGAGACGAGAUUUUCACAUAUCCGAUGGAUAAGCCUGAUCUUACCUUAGACAUGAGAAAGAUCCCGAAAACCACCCCCGCUUCUGUUCAUGCGGCUGAUUCAAUGAUCAAGGUCAACUCUCUUCGCUAUGAAUUUGUGGUGGAGAUGGAAAUGGAGGCGAAGGAGGGACUUAAGAGGACCGUGAACACAGAGCGAGUAGAGAGGCUAAUACGAUGGACAUAUCCAGACCAAGGUUGGGUGAAGCUCAACAUGGACGACACAUCAAGAGGAAAUCCCGGCAUAGCGGCUGCAGGAGGAGUGAUUCGUAAUGCAAGUGGGUUGUGA